UCAGCAGCAAGUAGUCACCAUACAGGCCAGCUCCGAGACAGCAUUCAUCUUAUCCAGAUACUGAAGCUGGACAUCUUCUGGACCAUCCUGAAACACACUUUACUUCUUCCUUCCACCUGGUGCAUGCUCACAGCCUGCAUGCUGCCUCUCAGGAUGUUGAGCCUCCUCAUGCUCAUGCUUUCACUGUGUGAUUCAGACAGCAUAUGCCCCACUGAGCUCAACCCUCUCACUCUGGGUGUGCCCAGGGUCAUAGAAAACUAUGGAGCGUCAGUGGAGGUGAACUGCACCAGCACAGAGGCGGAUCAUAUGGGGAUGUACUGGAGAAUUGGAAACAAUGACUAUGGAGUUAUCCAUGGGGGAAGUUUUAUCUCCCACUCAGUGUCACUGUCUGAAUGGAAUGUGACAGCAGAGUGCAGAAUAAAGCUGAAUGACACUCAUGAAUGCAGCAAAGAACUUGAAAUCACCAUAUACCAGAAUCCAAGGGUCUAUGUGUUUCCAGUGAAUCAUGAGGUGGAAGGGACCCUGUUCGAGCUGCAGUGUGAUAUAGAUGUUGCACCAGUUCAAAACCUCGUUGUGAGAUGGUUGAAAGAUAAUCAAACAGUCCAGACAGAGAAUUUCGCCAACACAACCACAACACCUGUAAUUGAGUCCUCUACUUUGGCAUUCAACAUCAGCAGGGCAGAACAUGGAGCUGAGCUCAGGUGUGAGGCUCAGCUCGACUUUGGGUCACACGGACCACAACUUCCUGUUCAUUCUGGCAAAUACAUCGUUUCUGUGAACUAUGCUCCUGAAUUCAAGAACACAUCAGAGGAUUUCUUUGUGCAUGAGGGUGAUGAUGUGACCCUGAACUGUGAGGCUGAGGGGCGACCCCAGCCCACCUUUCAUUGGAAACAUGAUGGGAAGAAAUUAUCUGAUACUAAUAAUCUCAACAUCACUAGAGUAAACACCAGUGGGACGUACAUCUGCUCAGCAAUCAAUUAUCUUGGAAACAUAACCAAGGAAAUCCAUGUUCGUGUAACAAUGAACAUCCCAGCAGCCCCUGCAGUCAUAACAACCCCUGCAGUCAUAACAACCCCUGAGACAUACAAAACUAGAGGAUGCCCACUAGUGUUGACACCUGCGAAAAUAGUUGUGAGAUUUGGAGAUCCAGUUUCCAUUAACUGCAGUACAUCAGCUGCAGGUUAUAUAAAAAUGGGCUGGGAGGUUACAAGUGGAGACACAAGACAUGACAGUACUUCUGUCACCUGGAGUCUUGAGAAAGUGGAAGACUGGAGCAUAAAGCCUGUUUGCUUCGUUACUUAUGAAGAGAAUGGCAAGGAACUACAGUGUUAUGUGGACCUGAACAUCACUCUUUAUAAGACUCCAGACAUUGUGUCAGUCUCUGCGUCGGAUCCUGGGCCAGUGAUGGAGGGCACAGAGAUCCAACUGAAAUGCGACAUCAUUAAUGUGACUCCUGUGCAAAACCUCACUGUGAGGUGGUACCGUGGAACGGACAUUUUGCAGACAGAUGUAUUGGAUGAAAACAGGAAGAUCCCAGUAAACAUGUCAUCUAUUUUCUAUUUCACUGCUGAGAGAGAUUACAACGGAGCAGAAUUCAAAUGCGAGGCUGAGCUGCAACUAGAAACAAAUAGACCUGACCUUGGUCAUAAUUUAACCUCAUCACCUUACACGGCUGUGGUGUACUAUAAACCACUAAUCAAAGCCUGUCAGGGUCAUAUCGCUCGUGUUGAGCAUGAAUUCAGUUUGGACAAGUUUCCCUGUCAAGCUGAUGGGAACCCUCCACCAAUCUUUCUGUGGUACUAUGAUGGGAACAUUAUCAAUGCAUCUGAACCCCUCACCAGGACUCAAUCAGGAAAAUACACAGCAGAAGUUUCAAACCGUAUUGGCAGUAGCAACACCUCCGUCGAUAUCAUAAUCGAAUAUGGCCCCACAUUUACUUGUGAUGAUUACUAUGAGGUUGAGGUGAAUAGCAAGCUGUGUGAACCAGAGGGGAAUCCUAAGCCGGACAUCAAAUGGUUCAAGAAUGGAACAAUUGUGGAUUCCCCCUGGCAAAGCAUGACAAAGAACGAUAGUGGAUCUUACAUGAUGAACGCAACCAACAGCCAUGGAACAGCCACUCAUAAGCUACAACUUGAUGUUCUGUUUGCCCCUGAGAUCAAGGAGGGAACUUACAGUAAGGAGGUGAACUUGGAUGGAAAUGUGACUCUUGACUGCAGUGCUGAGGGCAACCCUCUUCCUGACCUUCAUUGGAACUACACCACUGCAGAGAAUGUGAGGGAGACCACCAGAGGGCACCAGAAGAGCCUCACCAUCACAGGAGCCACGUCUACCAAUGCUGGAUUUUACAUCUGUGUUGCCACGAAUAAUGUUGGGGAAGUGACAAGUACUGUCACACUGAUGAUGAAAGGUAAAAUCAGUGUAUUUUCUUGGAGAUUCCUUUGGUGGUUGCUGAUUGGAUUGAUCGUCGUCUUCAUCGUCAUCGUCAUUGUCAUUGUCCACAAACGCUAUAAAAAACAUGGGCGAUAUAGUUUUGUCCUUGACAGAGCCAAUGAUGGUUCAGAUAUCCCAAUGGCUCCUCAGUCUAACGGGACUACAGAUAAAGUGUAACAUACUUCUCAAUGGGUAAGAUGAAACCAGCCAAUGAACUCAUUUAAUUAAAACGUAACCAGAAAAGUCAUUCUUGCCAUCUAUAUAAUAUGUUUGUAAAUAUUGUGUUUAAAUGUAAACGUUGGUGUGGUAGGACGAGUAUAGGUUUUCAGCAGCAACAAAUAUGUACAAAUUCUUAAUCAGGAGCAUUUGUUCGUCAAGAAGUGCUAAUAACAAAGCCGGUGUAUUAUAACAUUGAUUAUUUUUUUCAAAUGUGUGAAUUUAAUCUUAGUAUAACCAAUUUUUAUAUCUCUGUUUCUAUUCUUAAUAAAGUUACACAAAAGCCUUU